AUGGUCAACCUGAGCGAGUUGCUGUUCUCGCUUUCCUGCAAUAUGACAUGCAGAACUGCCUUAAGCUCUGGCUUCGACGAUGGAGGCGACAUCCAACUCCACGACAAGCUCAGAGAAGCCCAAGCGGCGUUAGGUGGCUUGUUUUUAUCUGAUUACUUACCAUUGUUGGGGUGGGUUGAUAGGCUGAGUGGGAUGAGAUUCAGACUUGAAAGGGCCUAUCUUAAGCUCGAUAGCAUCUACCAACGCCGUAUAGAUUACCACCAAGAUCGAUUCAGGCAGCAAGGUAAAGAAGAUGGAGACGUCUUAGAUGAUUUUCUCCGCAUGCAAAAGGAUGAAGAGGGUCUAACAGAAGACCACAUCAAAGGAGUGCUCAUGAAUAUUUUCAUUGCUGGGACAGACACAUGCUCGGCAACCGUGGAGUGGGCGAUGGCGGAGAUCAUCAGACAACCUGAGCUGAUGAAGAGAGCACAAGACGAGGUAAGAGGAUGUGUCAGAAGCAAAGGGGAGGCGGAGGAGAGUGACCUUCACCAACUUCAUUUCUUCAAGUGUGUCGUCAAGGAGACAAUGAGGCUGCACCCUCCCGCUCCGCUGCUAAUUCCUAGGGAAACCAUGCAGCACUUUAAGCUUAAUGGCUAUGAUAUUCUACCCAAAACAUGGAUGUAUGUGAAUGCUUGGGCAAUAGGAAGAGAUCCCAAUUCGUGGGGGAGGCCUCAUGUCUUUGAUCCACAGAGGUUCAUGCAUGACUCCAUGGAGGCAAAUGGGCAUGACUCCAAAAUGUGUUUUUGCCAGCUCGGUAAAUUUGUGCUUCUACCAACUCGGUUUUCAGCAAACAUAAUGCUUGGGGCUUUCAACUUGAUGUUUGUCUUAGAGAUCUCUCCAGGAGUUUGA